AUGACACAAGGACUUGAUGACCAGAAAGAUGUUGAAAAUAAGGGUGAUGUUAAAAACAAUUCUGACAUUAAGAAUAUUGAUGAUGUUCAGAAUAAUGUUAAUAUUCGGGGUAGCACUAAACAGUCAGAUAAAUCCACAGAAGGUACAGUCGAGGAAAAGUCUGAUGAAAAUUUUAUUGAUAUUCUAGGAAAUGGAUUGCUAACUAAAAAGGUGUUAGUCCAAGGAAAUGGAAGAGAAAGCAGACCUGAUAGAGGUGAUAUCGUGACACUUGAUAUUGAAGGACAUCUAUCUGAUGGUACUGCAGUAGAUAAAUACACUGCUUUUACAUUCCCUCUUGGAGAAGGGGAUGUCAUACAAGCCUUGGACUUGGGUGUUUCUUUAAUGGAAAUUGGUGAAACCUGUGAAUUGUUUGCAGCUUCAAAAUUUGCCUAUGGUGAAAGGGGCAGAGAGCCUGAUAUUCCUCUAAAUUCUGAUAUAACAUAUACUCUAGAAUUAUUAAAAUAUGAAAAGAAACCAGAAUUAGAUAAAAUAUCUCAAGAAGUCAAGCUCGAAAUGGGAGAAAAGAAGAGAGAAAGAGGAAAUUUUCUAUUUUCAAGACAAGAUUUUACUGGUGCAAUAAAUUCAUAUACACAAGCAAUAAAAAUAUUAGAUUACCCCUCAGCAACACUUAAUGAGAUCUCAAUUAAUCAGCAAGAAAUAACUGAUUGUAAAUUAAAAUGUUGUAAUAAUUUAGCUGCUUGUCAAUUAAAGGUUGGUGCCUAUGAGGCAGCUAUCAGAUCAACAGAAAUAGUAUUAUUAUCACAACCAAGUAAUGUUAAAGCCUUGUUCAGAAUAGGAAAAGCACAUUCAGCUAAAGGUAAUACAAAUGAAGGAAUUCAGUAUUUUAAGAAAGCUUUACAGUUAGAACCUGAAUCAAAGAUUAUUCAUCAAGAAUUAUCCCGGUUAUCUAAAAAAUUAAAAUCUGAAACAGAAUCUGAGAAAGAAAUGUAUAGACGGAUGUUAGGAACUAAAAAUACUAAGACUACAAAUAAAAAAUCAGGAUCUUCGGUGAUUAUAUUAUUAUUUUAUUUUACUUUGUACAACAGCAGCGACAGCAAGUUACACAUUUACUAUCCUGUCUUUCUGGUCUAA